AUGCCGGGCAUCCUGCCUAUGAAGGUCAUCAAGGUGGGCAGCAGCGCCCAGAGCCGAAUCGCCCAGGCCUGCGACCGCUGCAGGAGUAAAAAGAUUCGCUGCGAUGGCGUUCGUCCCACAUGUUCACAGUGCUCUUCGGUCGGCUUCGAGUGCCGCACCAGCGACAAGCUGAGCCGACGUGCGUUCCCGCGCGGAUAUACAGAGUCUCUGGAGGAGCGGGUCCGUGUGCUGGAGGGCGAAGUCCGCGAGCUCAAGGAUCUGCUAGAUGAGAAGGACGAGAAAAUCGAUAUGCUCUCUGCGAUGCACGGAAACAUGAGUGGCGGCCCGCGACGGAAGCCUUCAGUCACAUCCAUGGCCACGCCGGUGUCACCGGAUGGCCCGAAAGAGUCACCCACCAUGAAGGAAGAUACGUUCAGAGUACAAGCUACACAACUCCUUUUGGGUGUCGAGAAUUCCGAUUCGUACUUUAUGGGAUCCUCAAGUGGACGCGCCUUUAUCGCCUCCCUCAAACGGAAGAUGCAAGACAGUGGCAAACCAUGCAGUGACUUUACUCCUGAUGCCUUUUUACACAUACAAGGCAGCACUCCUCUGGUAACCAAGAUGUCAGACCAGUCAUCAAAAAUCCCUCCUCGCCUCUUCUCGGAUAGAUGCGUCAAUGUCUUCUUCCAAGAAUGGGCCCCUCUCUUCCCUGUUCUCCAUAAGCCUACCUUUCUUCGCAUCUACGAAGAGUUUGUCAAUGAUCCGGAAAGAGUCAAGGGCAACUACAAGCUUGCACAGCUCUACCUCGUCUUUUCUCUUGCAGGCCUCUCGUCCGAGGCUCCAGACCUCCAGCAAGUUGCUGCUUGCGAAUACCAAUGGACCAAGGCCCUUGAUUCCCUGAUCUUAGAAAACACUAUGAGCACAUUACAGUGCCUUGUGUUGGCUCUUCUGUACUGCACCGUCCGCGCCGACUAUCGUCGCCUUCAGCACUACAAGUGCGUCGCCGUGGGCUUGUCUCAUCGACUGGGUCUGCACCAAAGCCAAAAGCGAUUCUCCUUUGGUGCCUUGACUCUUGAGACCAGAAAGAAAGUUUUCUGGACGCUGUACGCCCUGGAUACCAUGACGGCGGCCAUUACUGGUCUCCCCAAGAUGCUGAAGGAAGAGGACGUUCAGGCAGAAUAUCCGUCCGAUACUGAUGACGAGUACGUCACAGAAAAGGGCUUCCAACCCACACUUCCAGGCGAAUAUACUCGCAUUUCUAGCGCUCUUGCUCUUUUCCGAGCAACACGAAUUCUCGCUCGUGUUCUAGAUAAGAACUAUCCUGCGGCGACCAACUACGACCUCUCUCUUCAGCAAAUGCGCGCCUUUGAAGCUGAAUUAGAUGCCUGGUAUGACGAGUUGCCAGCUCACCUGAGACUCAAUUUCGCUCAGGGUAAGCCGUCAACAGAUGUCACCGGCAGCCGAUCGCCUUUGUUGGCACUCACAUACUAUUAUAUCCGUACCCUGAUUUAUCGGCCAGCCGUUGGCUCAAGCCUCGGGCCCAAGGCUGCACCGGCACUCAUGUCCAUCAGCGAAUCCAGCAAGCACAUUGUCCAAAUUGCAGAGCUCCUCGAAGAGCGUAACUUGUCAUUCUCCUUCUGCAUGAAUAAAUGCGAUCUUUUGGCCCUGUGCGCUCUCACUCUUCUUUAUCAGACCAUUGAUCUGAAACGCGACAGCAAGCUGUUGCGCGAAAAUGAGCGGCUGGUGAAUGAAGUCCUCAAGACGCUCCGCAAGAACCAGUCACCCGGAUUCGUGGACUUGGAACGAGCCGCCAAUGUGCUCGUCACUGUCGCCGAUCCUUCAGGGCCAGUACCGACGAACAAGCAUGCCCGCAAGCCAUCAACGGCAGCCAGCUCCCGCCGCGCAUCACCCCCGACAAGCUACCCCAAGCAGAGUUCACCACUCCUAGGCUCCCAAUACCAGGCUUCGGUAAGCGAGGCUGAUUUGACGCGCCAUCAAGACAAGCGCUGGAUGGGUAGCAUGUCAAGUGUUCAGGGCUCCAGUGUAGAUGGACGGCCGCAGCCCUCUUCCCGUCAAUCAUUUGACGGGCAACGACAAGAUCGCCAGCCCUCAUUAUCGCGGGCAUCUAGGCUUUCUCCGAAUGCUCAGGCGAGACAGAAUCUUGAUUAUCUCUCGCUCAACGACGCUUCUUUCACGGCCAAGCACGCUGGCUCUCCUCCUACCAACAUGCAGGGACAGCCCAUGGGAACGCAGAACGACGGCCAAGGCUACAUGAACAACGCACAGUCUGUGGCCAAAACCAACAAUUUAUCGGGCGCUGACUGGGAGGCAUUGGUCGGAUCCAUGGACAGUGGGAUGAACAAUGUGUAUGACGUUAUCUACGGAGGCGUCACCAUCGAAGCUGCGAUGACAGGGAACUCGACUGGCAGCGAAUGGUCACCAGAUGCAUGGGAUCUGAGCAACUUUAACAUCGAUGAAUUCGGAAAUAACCCUGCGCCGCCGCAGAGCGUGCUCAGCAUGAGCGACGAGAGCCUCAGUUCAGGAGAGGAAGUGUCACCUUCGGAGCUGGGACUGGGUCUCGGCAGCAUUGACUACGGGAAGCAGCUGCAGGGGAACUACCACGGCGAUGGAUAUGCUUCAAAUGGGCUUCACGGACUGUCUUUGUGA